AUGGGCAGAGCAGGUGUACAGACCCAGGAACUCAGCACAGGGAUGGUGGGAACUUCUCAUAAUGGGCGCAGCAGGUGUGCAGACCUGGAACCUCAGCACAGGGAUGGUGGGAACCCCUCAUAAUGGGCACAGCAGGUGUAGAGACCCAGGAAUUUAGCACAGGGAUGGUGGGAACUCCUCCUAAUGGGCAGAGCAGGUGUACAGACCCAGGAACUCAGCACAGGGAUGGUGGGAACUUCUCAUAAUGGGCGCAGCAGGGUGUGCAGACCUGGAACCUCAGCACAGGGAUGGUGGGAACCCCUCAUA